AUGUCUAGUGGAAGUGGUGCGGGUGCUCCGCCUCAGGGUGGCGUGGUCAGGAGCAGCGCAUUGUCCUUCGUUGCGUCUGCGCAGCCCGCGACAACAGCUGACAACGUUCCCGGGGCUCCGGAUAUGAAUCGGGAACAGGUACCUCAGACAGAUCGCCUAGUCCCAGCAGGACUGACCGCACUAUGUGAAGCGUGCUCCAGACUGUACCCUGACCAGCCAAACCCAUUACAAGUUACAACUAGACUCAAGUAUUGGCUGGGCGGUCACGAUCCCCUGGACUACAUCAGCAUGUAUUGGAACCCGGGCAAGCCGGAGGAGCAUAUAUUGCCACAUUGGCACUAUGUCAGUUUCGGAGUGUCAGACCUGCACGGCGACGGGCGCGUGCACCCCCCGCCGGCCACGUGGGCGGGCGCCCCCUCCGGGUACGGCUUCGAGCUGACGAUGAGACUGUCCGCUGAGGAGGGAGUCACUCAGCCUCCUCUCUGGCCCGCCGCGCUACUGCAGGCGUUGGCUAGAUAUGUUUUUACUACUGGUAACAAAUUAUGCGCUGGUGACCACAUAACCUGGCACCGCGCGCUGGACGGCGGGGCGGGCGCGGCCGGCGCGGCGGACGGGGCGGACGGGGCCGGCGCGGCACGCUCGCGACUGCGACAUCUACUCGUCGCCGCCGACCCACUCCUACCCACCACACACACUCCACAUGGCACUGUCACCUUCUUACAGAUAGUAGGAUGCACUGGUAGAGAGCUAAAAGCUGCUCAACGAGGGUCCGGCUUUGAAGUACUGAAGCUUAUCAGCGAAGAUCCAAAAUGUGGUGGGGGGUGGCUAGUGACUCGUAUGUCGCGGCGAGCGUCGUGUCGCCGCCUGCGCGCGGCGGGGGGGGCGGCGGCCCCGGGGGCUCCGGCCACACUGGCCGGGGUCUCCGCCGCGCUACGGUGGAUGGCUUGGAACCCUCAACCCUCAGAACAGCCGGCAUCCCCGUCCCCCCUCCCCCCUUCAGCGGAACAACAGAUCAAAGACACGCUGCAACGUGGGCUCAGCUCCAUGACUGACAGAAGUGGACCUGAAGGUCACAUGUCGACCGACAGUUUCGAGAUGUCGAGCAUGGAGCGAGCUCUGCCACACAUACCGGAGCUGAUGGAGGGUUCGUGGCGAGGAGACACCGACGUGGAAUAUUUGGAAGGUGUCCAUAUCAUGUUGAAUGCUGAAGGAGCCAGUCUGUUACCGCUAGCUAUCGACGGUCGCAUACUGGCCGGCAGUCACUUCACAUGGCGCGGGCGGGGCUCCGCCCUCACUCUGGUGGCUGCCGGAGUCCCGGGCUCCAAGGUCCACGCCGCUAGACCGUACACCGCCUGCGCAGCAUGGUUACAGGUCUUAAUUCCGAAAGACUUAGCUCAAGACAUGUCUAAGAAAGUGGCGGCAUUCUCAAAAUUGGCUGACUCGGACUCCGAACCCAAUAGCGACGAGGAGGAACAAAGCGUCGAACCCCCAAUGUUACCGAUAACACUCACUUGGCCGAAACACAAGUUGAAAAUAACUAUUUUAUCUGAUGGAGAAUUUUUAUAA